CAGCAAAGGGGGAAAAGCAUAAGCCCAAAUCCAAUUUUGGCUGAACAAAACCAUACGCAAACGGAGCCCUCCAAUCAGAAUUCGAAGAAGAAAGAAAAUCCCACCGACGAAACGGGAAGGCUUUCUUCCAAUUCCGCGUUAGAAGCUGAAAAUUAAUUAAAUAAUAAUCAAUUACGCUCGCCCGCUCGCUCGCACUCACUCAACUAGCGAAUAAUCAAACACUGAAAAGAGAGAUCUCUGCAAUCACUGUUCAGAUCUUUUGACAGUUACAAACUUAGCCCGAGAAAUCUUGGCGUCUCUUAUGGCGCGUUUUCAGUUGCUGGCAUUUUCUCUGAUCCUCAUUUCCUCGUCGCUACUCGGCCUCGCUCUCUCCAAAACCCUCAAACGAGACGUGAAAGCGCUGAACGAGAUAAAGGCGUCGCUGGGGUGGAGGGUGGUGUACGCGUGGGUGGGGGACGAUCCCUGCGGCGACGGCGAUCUGCCGCCGUGGUCCGGGGUCACCUGCUCCACUCAAGGAGAUUACAGAGUCGUCACUGAAUUGGAAGUUUACGCGGUGUCGAUUGUGGGGCCUUUUCCUACUGCUGUCACCAAUCUGUUGGAUCUCACUAGGCUGGAUCUCCAUAAUAACAAGUUGACCGGGCCAAUUCCUCCUCAGAUCGGACGGUUGAGGCGUCUUAAAAUACUUAAUUUGAGGUGGAAUAAACUACAAGAUGCUAUUCCUCCCGAAAUUGGUGAACUGAAGAGUCUAACUCACCUAUACCUGAGCUUCAAUAACUUCAAAGGAGAAAUUCCUAAGGAGCUUGCAAACCUUCCAGCGCUUCGCUAUCUCUAUCUACAGGAAAAUCGUUUGAUCGGUCGAAUUCCUCCAGAAUUGGGAACUCUACAAAAUCUUCGGCACCUGGAUGUUGGUAACAAUCAUUUGGUGGGUACUAUAAGGGAACUAAUACGCAUUGAGGGGUGCUUUCCAGCUCUUCGCAACCUUUAUCUAAAUAAUAAUUAUUUAACGGGAGGAAUACCGGCACAGCUUGCAAACUUGUCCAACUUGGAAAUCUUGUACCUCUCCUACAAUAAAAUGUCUGGAGUAAUACCAUCUGGACUUGCUCAUAUUCCUAAACUGAUUUACUUGUACUUGGAUCACAACCAGUUUACAGGGAGAAUUCCUGAUGCCUUCUAUAAACACCCCUUCUUGAAAGAAAUGUAUAUUGAAGGAAAUGCAUUCCGGCCGGGUGUAAGCCCAAUAGGCAUUCACAAAGUCCUUGAGGUUUCUGACACUGAGUUCCUUGUGUAGUCAAGACAUCAACUUAUUCUUUACUAGGAUGGCUGGUUGCUGGACCUGACAGGAGAUGGAUGGACGAAGGCCGGAUCCAACCAUGUCUGAAGGAUGAAACUAUGUUGCAGUAUUGUAGAUAUGAAUGAAUCAAAAGAGAGCGGACUUCUUAGUUUGUCUUUAAAAUUGUGUUCCUGGUUUACUUUUACAGCGGCAAACGAAGUCAAAUGAAUAUAGUAUACAGUCAACUACAUAAAAGAACAUAUGAAGCCUUCGUUGAAACAAUUAUCCUGACAUGCCACGAAAUCAUGGCAAGCCAUCAGGGACGGAAUCAUCAUUUUUCAUGUGAGGGGCU